GCGGAGCGGCUGCUGCGGGCGCCAGUCCGCCCGGCGGCCUCGGGGAGAGCGCCGGCCGUGCCAUGCGGCCCCUGGACAGCUCCGGGCCAGCCGAGCCGCGGGAGUCCGGGCUGCCACUGACAGUCGAGGACCCCCAGAGCGCCGGCGAGGAGGCGGCGGCGCCCGCUCCCCGCAGGUGUUGGCUGUGCCUCUCGGCGCCCUGCAGCUCGUGCGCUCAGCCCGAAGCCAAGAAGAAACCCUGUCCUGGACUUGGCUUAGUUUACACAGUAUUGUCUGCCUUCCUUUUCUCAGUUGCCUCUGUGUUUGUUAAAAAAGUACAAGAUGUCCAUGCUGUAGAAAUUAGUGGAUUUCGAUGUGUGUUCCAAAUGCUUGCCAUUAUUCCUUGCUUAAUAUACAGAAAAACGGGUUUUAUAGGCCCCAAAGGUCAACGACUCUUACUGCUUUUGAGAGGACUCCUCGGUUCUACUGCCAUGGUCCUUUUCUACUACGCUUUGCAAGCAACAUCCCUGGCUGACACCACAGUGAUCUCGUUCAGCAGCCCAGUUUUUACAUCAAUAUUUGCUUGGCUCUUUCUCAAGGAAAAAUACAGCCCAUGGGAUGCGCUCUUCACCGUAUUCGCCAUUGUUGGGGUGAUCCUUAUCGUAAGGCCACCGUUUCUGUUUGGUUCUAGCAGUGCUUUGACCAGUGAACGGUACUCAGUUCACCUGAAGGGCACAUUUGCUGCAGUUGGAUAUGCUGUCUUUGGUGCUUCAACACUUGUUAUCCUCAGGAAAAUGGGGGUGUCUGUGGACUAUUUUUUGAGCAUUUGGUAUUAUGUCGUACUUGGCUUCACUGAGUGUAUCAUUAUCCUCUUUGUUCUGGGAGCAUGGAGUCUGCCGAACUGUGGACUGGACAGACUAUUUCUUGUUCUCAUUGGACUGUUUGGCUUAGGAGGUCAGGUGUUUCUAACCAAAGCCCUUCAGAUAGAAAAAGCAGGACUAGUAGCAAUAAUGAAGACUAUGGAUGUGGUCUUUGCUUUUAUCUUUCAGAUUAUUUUCUUUAAUGAUAUCCCAACAUGGUGGACAGUGGGUGGUGCUCUAUGUGUUAUAGCCAGUAGUACUGGAGCGGCCAUUCGGAAAUGGUGCCAGAGUUCCAAGUGAAGCAACAUGGCCCAUGUGUCCACUCAGUUCAGGCACCAAUCAUGUACACACCUGCCUGGAAUACAUGCAUUUCCUGUGCUGAUGAUUCUGAAUACAUUUCACAGAUUUAAAAUGGAAACUUAAAUUUCUAUUUUUAAUCUGGUAUGUCUAAUUAAUAAGAGCAACAAUUAGUUUGAGUUAGCAGUUUUCCCCAUCAGUUUUUUGGUUGUUAUUGUUAUUAU